AUGGAGAUGAGAAAUGAAACCAUCAUUACAGAAUUCAUUCUUCUUGGCUUUGGAGUUGUUCAGGAACUACAGAUUCUUCUCUUCGUGGCAUUUCUAACAAUCUACAUCUUGACUCUCAUUGGGAAUGUUAUAAUUGUAACACUAGUAGCCACUGAUCAGCGUCUACAUACCCCUAUGUAUUUCUUCCUCGGGAAUCUGUCUUGCUUGGAGAUCUGUUACAGUUCAACCAUCCUCCCCAGAAUGCUGGCCAGGUUGGUAACAGAUGACAAGCAUAUUUCUGUUAAUGAUUGCAUUAUGCAAUUGUGGGGGUUUUGCUUUUUUGUAACAGCAGAAUGUUAUCUCCUGGCAGCAAUGUCCUAUGAUCGCUAUUUGGCAGUAUGUAAACCUCUGCAUUACUCGACCCUGAUGAAUUACAAGGUUUCCCUCCAACUUAUCACUGGCUCUUGGAUAUGUAGUUUUGUGAUAGACAUAAUACUGCUCUUUUUAAUAUUGCAAUUAAGUUUCUGUGGCCACAAUGCUAUUGAACAUUUCUUCUGUGAUUUCAUUCCAGUAAUAAACCUGGCCUGCAAUAAUACAUAUCUAGUGAAACUUGUAUUAGCUGUUCUUGCUUUCAUCAGCACUGUGCCACAACUCACAUUUACCAUGGCAUCAUAUGCAUACAUCGUUAUAGCCAUACUUAGAAUCCCAUCCACCACAGGGCGGAAAAAAGCCUUCUCUACAUGCUCCUCUCAUCUCAUUGUGGUGACAAUUUUCUAUACAACCAUUAUCACUGUAUACGUUCUGCCCGACACUGAUUAUCUAAGACAGCUGAACAAAGUCUUAUCUGUCUUUUAUACCAUUCUGACACCUCUGGUCAACCCUUUCAUAUAUAGCCUGAGGAAUAAAGAGGUGAGGGAAGCCCUGAGGAGAACAGUUGGUAAAUGUGCAGCAUAUAUAUAA